AUGAACAACCUACGGACCAGCUCCACACGGAGCCUGAGAGGCAUACGCCAAGUUAGAAAAGCCUCGACACUCAAUCAGAACCCCAAUACCGCACCAUCACUCUUCCGCAAAUACCGCGGCAUCAUCCUCUGGACAUCCAUCGGCCUAGCGGUUGGCGGCACCACGGGUACAAUCGUCUCGCACACAAUCGCACCACCACCGCACCCACUACCAGAAACACACGAAGAUGGCAUUCUCAUGCAAGAUCUCAACACCCGCAUCGACUCUGAAUUCAAAGUAAAAGUCCUACGAGGAAAAUGCACAGCCGUAGCAGCAAGCCUUCGCGGCGACGAAGGCGUCUGGCGCGAACUCGACCCGACAACGCUAGAUGGCUCGUUGGUGUCAGAUUCGUUAUCCGGAGCCCGCUCGCUAGGCGUACAACGCGUAUUCUGGAAUGAGAAAGAGCAUGAACUGGUAGCCGUGGUGUGGUUCGGCGGUGCCAUGUCUGGAUGGCCUGGCGUUACACAUGGCGGUGGCAUUGCGACUGUGGUCGCGGAUAAGAUGGUGCUGGCAGCGAGGUUGGCAAAGGGUAUUGCCCCUGCACAGGAUGCUUCUGUGGGGCCUACCGAGCCGACGAGGUUGGAUCUGACAUACAAGAAGCCGACGUAUGCAAAUGCGUUCUACGUUGUGCGUGCUGUGCCUAGAUAUGGUGCCUUUGAGACUGCGUCGGCCAAUGAUAUUGGAGUUGAUGCACAGCUCGAGACGUUGGAUGGUACGGUGUGCGUGCAGGUCAAGGGUGUGGUACCUGUUUCUGAAGGAGAAAGUGCCAUCACGUCUUCUAUUAAAAGUUUGACUCCAGCGAAGUCAUGGCUGGGCUGGACUUCUCGCUCAGACAUCUGAGAGGAGGUCCGAUAUGACCAAUGCGAGCAUGGUAUUUGCAGCGAGUCGAAUAAUCCGAGGAAGGUAGACAUAGCUCCAACUCACAAACCAUGGUUUUGGAACGUCUUACGAAUUGGGCUCUCACCUGCAGUCACAAAAGGAGCACUCGAAACAUAGAGGACCGACCAAACCAUUCGGACAACGGUAGUGUACAUCGUCCUUGCUCAGAACCUGGUCAACG